UAUAAAUUUGCUGGCAUGCGUAAGUACUAUCAUCCGUGCUUAUAUAUAUUGUAAUUUAAAAUUAUUAGGUCAAUUGUGAUUGGACCAUUGGGUGAUAGGUUUGACUGACACUAUAGAAAUUAAAUAAAACAACACAAUGACGACGUUGGUCGAGGAGACCGAGGUGACGAGCUACAACACAAGACUGAUCUUCUACCCCCUCCUAUUCCUGGCAUCCAGUAUCUGGAUCCUAUACAGAUGGCAGCAAAAGUCUCGUCUGCGCGAAUUUGCAGAAAAACUCCCGGGACCAGCUGUCGUUCCCUUCCUUGGAAACGCUCUUUUGGUGUUAACGAAGAAACCAAGUGAGCUUGUUCAACUCGGUUUGGAGUAUGGAGAGAAGUUCGGUAACGUGGUCAGAGUCUGGCUCGGCAAUAACCUGAUCGUAUUCCUCACUGACCCCAACGACGUCGAGGUCAUCCUUAACAGCCAGAUCCACAUUGACAAGGCUUAUGAAUACAAAUUCUUCAAGCCUUGGCUUGGAGAAGGUCUACUUAUCAGCACAGGUGACAAAUGGCGUUCACACAGAAAGAUGAUUGCUCCCACAUUCCACAUCAACAUCCUCAAGUCAUUCGUGGGCGUGUUCAACCAGAACAGCAAGAAUGUGGUGGAGAAGAUGAGGCCUGAGAUCGGCAAGGAGUUCGAUGUCCACGACUACAUGAGCGGUGUCACUGUUGAUAUCUUGCUUGAAACUGCAAUGGGAAUCACAAGGCAGACUCAAGAUGCAUCUGGAUUUGACUAUGCUAUGGCUGUGAUGAAGAUGUGCGACAUUAUCCACCAGAGGCAAUACAAACUUUGGCUUCGUUUCGACGCCCUCUUCAGACUGUCACCCUUCUUCAAACAACAGACCAAACUGUUGGACAUCAUUCACGGACUUACCAACAAGGUUAUCAAGAACAAGAAGCAAACGUACCUGGAAAACAAAUCCAAGGGCGUGAUCCCACCAACUCUUGAGGAGCUCACCAGGACUCCUGACACCAACGACAGUGUGUUGGCCAAUGACAAAACUCUAGCAGAAGAUGUCUUUAAGGGUUACCGUGAUGAUUUGGACUUCAACGAUGAAAAUGACAUUGGUGAGAAGAAACGUCUAGCUUUCUUGGACUUGAUGCUUGAAUCAUCUCAGAAUGGAACAAACAACAUCAGCGAUCAUGAAAUCAAAGAGGAAGUCGACACCAUCAUGUUUGAGGGUCACGACACCACCGCCGCUGGUUCCAGCUUCGUGCUUUGCCUCUUGGGUGUCCACAAGGAGAUCCAGCAGAGGGUUUACAACGAACUGUACGAGAUCUUCGGCGACUCUGACAGACCAGCCACCUUCGCUGACACACUGAAAAUGAAGUACCUCGAGAGAGUCAUCCUUGAAUCUCUUAGGAUGUACCCACCAGUGCCCAUCAUCGCUAGGAAACUUAACCGCGAUGUUACAAUUGCCACGAAGAACUAUGUCUUGCCGGCUGGUACCACCGUGGUGGUUGGUACUUUUAAAAUCCACCGCAACCCUGAAUACUACAAGGAUCCUAACACAUUCAACCCUGACAACUUCUUGCCUGAGAACACCUCCAACAGGCACUACUACAGCUACAUUCCAUUCAGUGCUGGACCCAGGAGCUGUGUCGGUCGUAAAUACGCCAUCCUAAAGCUGAAGAUUCUUUUGGCGACCGUGCUGCGAAACUACAAGGUGACCUCUGAUGUGACUGAGGAGCAGUUCAAACUGCAGGCUGACAUCAUCCUCAAGAGGACUGAUGGCUUCAGACUGAAGAUUGAGCCCAGGCAGAGGGUCCCUACCCCCACAACUGUUGUUGCAUAAACUAACCAAUAAACAUUCAUCUCUUGACGGGAUACCUGAAUGGGAUUGGCGUUUUAUACAAUGUUCAACUGCGAUAUUAAACUAUCAUUAAGACAUUAUUCUAUUAAGUUACAUUAUUUAACUCAUAAGGGUUUCCUAGUGUAUUUUUGUAGGUAAAUAAGUUAAUAAGUCAUUUAUUUAUAUGCUGUCCUAUUAUUAUCAACUCUGUCAUGCACUUUGUAACUUUUAAUGGAAAGAGGCUCAUUAAAAUUACGGCACUCAA